CUGACGUGGCGAGACGCGAGAGGAGCGCGCUCAUUUCGUGGGCUGCAGGGAUUGGACAUCGGAUUGGGUUUGGUCAUUUCGUAAAAUGUAAAUAUGCAGGUGCGCCUGUGUUAAUUUGAGUGUAAUUAACUACAAAAACAAAAUCACCCGUCUUUCCCCAUGACGGGUUUCUCACACCACCGCACAACAGCUGUCGGCUCUCUUUAGUCGCCUCCGCGAGGAACUAUGUUCUACGCAUAGGUGUUUAAAAGUUUAUUUAACUCGGGAUUUCCUGCACCACAGUAAGGUCCGGGCAGGUCGGUUCGGUUCGGUUAGUCCCGGUCAAGUGUCAGGAUGCCCCAGCUAACAGCAACGACCAUCUUGCAGCUCACCUUGCUGCUCUCAGCACUUCCAGUUCAGUACCUGAUCUCCCAGUGGACCGGAGCCUCCGUGGCACAGCGCUAUCAUGCUACCAAACGAUUGCUUGGUCUGUGGGCAGAGUGGAGGAAAAACUAUCUGAACACCACCGUCUGGACUGACUGGCUCUCUCAGCUUAUGGAGGACUUCACGGUGCUGGUGUCAGGAGGAGAGACGGAAGUGAUACCUGCACAGACUCUUGAUCUUGAGGCCAUGCUGCAAGACAACGACCUCGGCUUCUUUGGAGCCUCUCGGUCAGCCCGUAGACCUCGACCGCCCUUUGUGUUCCUGCGUGUGGGGGAUGUCGUCAUGGAAACGAGUGGUCACAUGGUCGGGGUGAUCGUCAGCUGGGAUCCAGAGCCCAGAGCCCCCCCAGAAUGGAUCCACAGACUGAAUCCUGUCACUGAGGGUAGGAAAUGGGAACACACACCCCACUACAAGGUGUUGUUCAGUGGUCCUGUACCGUCCUCGCUUCUAGUGGGCUACCUGCCACAGACCCGACUGGAAAGACUGCCUGGAACCAGGCCAGAAAUCCCCACGCUGGAGAAGUACUUUACACACUUUGAUGGAGAGAGGUUUGUUAUGCAGCCCUGGCUCCAGGAGAUCUUCCCUGAAGACUGACACAAAGGCGGUGUGUGUGUGUGUGUGUGUGUGUGUGUGUGUGAGAUGUAAAGGAAGGGAUUGCUUUGGCCCUUCAUCAGAGUCCUGCUGAGUUCCUCAGGUCGUUGCAGGAAUUAGGUGUCGACUCACCUGGUAGAACAAGACUGCAGUUUCCUACAGAUGAGCCCCAAAUAGCAGAAUGAAAUCAACAUAAAUAAAACGCAUCACAAACCUCAAGCAGUAUUGAUGGCACUCAGUCAGCUUCCCAACCUGCCCCAGAGGGACCAGCACAUCCCUUCUAAGAACAUUGCUAAUGUGGUUCCGCAGUUUGCAAGAGACCUGAAGGGUCUCUAAGUCAGUGGAGGUCAUGGAAAUGUCUAAGCCAGCUGGGCACAUUGGGUUUGGUAUCUUGAAUGUCUGCAGGUCAAUAGCUAUUAAUAAUACAGAGCAUUAUAUUGAGAUUUUGUGAAUUAAAAGUUUCAACAAUGUUUCUAAAAUUAUCAACAAGGUAUCGGCCCGUGACAUCAAACAGGACCAACCAACGUUCUGGCGGAAAAGGCAGUGAUGAGUACUGGAACCGUGAUAAAGCGGCGUGCGUUAUGAUUGACUACCGCUGGUUGGCAGCAGCACUCAAAUGCAUGUGAAUGACAUUGCCAUAGUUUAGGACUAGUAUGAACAUUGACUAAAUGACUCUCUGCAGACUGAGGGAAAAAUACAUUGAAAAUGUAAAGAGCACAAACUUUAAAUGACCAUAAACCUG